CUCUAUAUAUAUAAAACUACGCGCAGGGCCCUCUCUCAUCUUCUCGCUGCUCUCUAGUGAGAGAAACACUUCAAAGAAAAUGACCGCCAUGUCCCCGAUCUUCCCAAUGCCGGAGACUCACCAUUACAGUGACUACGGCUUCGAUGCCCAGAUCGAUUAUUUCCAGGUCCUUGAAGAGGCGAGGCGACAGACUAAACGGGCCGCGAUCGACCCGAUCCAUUUCAAGCUCUCGAAGCCCAUUUCGAAGGCCCGAGACCGGCCCAAGCCCAACAAGCGAAGGAAAUGGUGGAAGAGCGCGCUCGGCUUCCUCAAGAGCGCGAAGGGAGGCUCCUCCGGCGGGGUCACGCUUACCGCUACCGGACGGCGAGCGGACCGGUUCUGACGCCCGUGUAGUGGGAGGAGCACGCCGUGUUGUGAAGCGUUAGGUCGGCGUCAGGGCGUUACGUCAGCGGAAGUUGGGGAAGUGUUCUUGGUGCCGUAUGUAAGUUUAAGGGAUGUUAACGUCGCCGGCGGUGACCGGAUCUCGAGUCCGAUGCCUAUUUAUCUCGUUACUUGAGUCCCGUCACCGCUGACCGUUGGUCUGUUGUUUGUUUGUAUUGUGGUGAGGUUAAGAUUGGCUCACCGGAAACGAGGUUUGAGUUAGUGGGCCGGGUUGUACGAGCGUGCUGCUCUGACCGGAAAUAAGCGGGCUUUUAGGGUUGUGUUUUUUUUAAUACCUUUAGCAGGCUUUUUAAUAUUUCAUACAAAGCAAGGUUUAUUCA